AUUAUCGAUAAAUAUGUGUUAAAACAACAUCCCUACUUUUUAGUUGGAAAGAGUGUCUUGUACAAACGGUAAAAAAUCGUUAAUAUAUAGUUUAAUUACAAUUAAAAAGUACUGCAAAGUGCCAGAAAGACACGCGUAGCAUUAAACAACAUAUAACAACCGGUUGUAAAAUAUAUGUUGAACAUCUUCAUCCCAUAAAAUUUGUUAUAUUCGAUUGUCAAAAUUCCGACCGAAAUACGUAAAACAAGAUUAGCAGCCAAACGACGUCGCAAUCAGGACAACCACCAAACCACGUCGCAGUCGCAGCAGCAACAACAGGAUCCACAACAACACCCACAACAAGAACAGCAAGUAGAAGAAUUAGAAGAAGCGCCACAGAAUCGGGUUGAGGGCAAAGGAGAUUUGCCAACGGCUGCCAAAAUGAAUCGCUCGAGCAAUUCGCAGACUACACAGAGACCCGUCAAUUUGGAUGACAUCUGGAAAGAGCUGGUUGAGGGCAUAUAUCAGAUAUUCGAACAUGAGAAAUCGCUAACCCGUAAACAGUAUAUGCGUUAUUAUACCCAUGUCUAUGACUAUUGCACCAGUGUCAGUGCAGCACCGAGUGGAAGGAGUAGUGGCAAAGCGGGCGGUGCUCAGUUGGUGGGCAAGAAACUGUACGAUCGUUUGGAGGUGUUUCUGAAGGACUAUUUAAAGGAAUUGCUGAUCACGUUUCAGUCAAUUAGUGGCGAGGAAGUUCUGCUCUCCCGCUACACAAAACAAUGGAAAUCGUAUCAGUUCUCCAGCACCGUACUCGAUGGCAUUUGCAAUUACCUUAAUCGCAAUUGGGUGAAGCGCGAAUGCGAGGAGGGCCAAAAGGGUAUCUAUAAGAUCUAUCGGCUCGCUCUGGUCGCCUGGAAGGGUCAUCUGUUCCAGGUGCUCAACGAGCCGGUGACCAAAGCAAUUCUCAAGUCCAUCGAGGAGGAGCGUCAUGGCAAGCUUAUCAAUCGUGCCCUGGUUCGCGAUGUCAUUGAAUGCUACGUGGAGUUGAGUUUCAACGAGGACGAUGCCGAUGCCACCGAACAAAAAUUGUCGGUUUACAAGGACAAUUUCGAAAUGAAAUUCAUUGCCGACACGUACGCUUUCUACGAGAAAGAAUCGGAUGCGUUCCUAUCGACCAACACGGUGACAGAGUACUUGAAGCACGUCGAGACCCGUCUGGAGGAGGAGAAGCAACGCGUCCGCGGACGCAAUUCCAAAAAUGCUCUCUCCUAUCUGCAUGAGACAACCGCAGAUGUAUUAAAAUCAACUUGCGAACAGGUACUGAUUGAGAAGCAUCUGCGACUAUUCCACAAUGAGUUCCAGAAUCUGUUGAACGCUGACAGAAAUGAUGAUUUGAAGCGCAUGUAUUCUCUUGUCGCUCUCUCACCGAAGAACCUUGAUCAAUUGAAGAAAAUACUUGAGGAUCACAUUCUGCAGCAGGGCACGGAGGCCAUCGAAAAGUGCUGCACCAGCGAUGCGGCCAAUGAUCCAAAAACCUAUGUACAAACCAUACUCGAUACACACAAAAAAUAUAAUGCACUCGUUUUGACUGCAUUCGAUAAUGACAAUGGAUUUGUGGCUGCAUUGGACAAGGCGUGCGGUAAAUUUAUAAAUUCAAAUGUGGUCACGCGACCAAAUAAUGCCGGCAAAUCACCGGAAUUGUUGGCCAAAUACUGCGAUCUAUUGCUCAAGAAAUCUUCGAAGAAUCCAGAGGAUAAAGAGCUGGAGGAUAAUCUGAAUCAGGUGAUGGUCGUCUUCAAAUAUAUUGAGGACAAGGAUGUCUUCCAGAAAUACUACUCAAAUAUGCUCGCUAAGCGUUUAGUCAGUCAUACAUCGGCAUCCGAUGAUGCCGAGGCAAUGAUGAUCUCCAAAUUGAAACAGACGUGCGGCUAUGAAUACACUGUCAAGCUGCAGCGCAUGUUCCAGGACAUUGGUGUGUCCAAGGACUUGAACUCAUACUUCAAGGAGUACCUGAAGACCCAAAAUAUUACAUCCGAAAUUGAUUUUGGCAUCGAGGUGCUAUCCACAAAUGCCUGGCCCUUCACGCAAAACAACAAUUUUCUGCUGCCCUCGGAAUUGGAACGUUCCGUUCAACAGUUUACCAUUUUCUAUUCAGCCCGCCAUUCUGGCCGCAAACUGAAUUGGCUAUAUCACAAAUGCAAGGGCGAGCUGAUCAUGAACGUGAAUCGGAGCAAUGCCGUUUACACACUGCAGGUCAGCACGUUCCAAAUGUCAGUGCUGUUGCAGUUCAACGAUCAGCUCAGCUUCACAGUGCAACAGCUGCGCGACAACACACAGUCCCAGCUCGAGAACUUGAUACAGGUAUUGCAAAUACUGCUCAAGGCUAAAGUGCUGACGUCGAGCGACAGCGAGAAUGCCCUGACACCGGACUCAACUGUGGAACUGUUCCUCGAUUACAAGAGCAAGAAGCGUCGCAUUAAUAUCAAUCAUCCGUUGAAGACUGAGCUGAAAGUGGAACAGGAGACUGUCACCAAACACAUUGAGGAGGAUCGAAAGCUUUUGAUACAGGCAGCGAUUGUGCGCAUUAUGAAGAUGCGCAAGCGUCUCAAUCAUACGAAUCUCAUCUCUGAGGUGCUCAAUCAGCUGUCGACUCGGUUUAAGCCCAAUGUGCCCGUCAUUAAGAAAUGCAUUGAUAUUUUGAUCGAGAAGGAGUAUCUGGAGCGUAUGGAGGGGCACAAAGACACCUAUAGCUAUCUAGCCUAAGUUCAUGUUAAAUAUAAUAAUAUCGUUCCAAAAUUAUUUUUUUUUGCCAGCCACCAACCACUAGACGGUAUCAAUGUCAGAUAUCAAUUACAUCAUGCCAGUCUCCUUCCUGCUCCCCUAUGUCUAAUUAAAAAUGAAAAUGAGGAAAUAAUUAUAUCCUGCUCGCUCGUUGUCAUCAAACGAUACGAUUUGCGAUUGAAAUGUGCAAGCACAGAUAUAAAAAAAAAAAAACGGAACAAAAUCGUUUAGCUUCUUUCUUCCAUUCUUCCUUCUUUAUAUUUUUCGAAUACGAUGAGUUUUACUACCUAGUUUAUUUCUGUUCAUAAUUUUAUUCAUAUUGUAAGACACACACGUACGGAAAAGACAAAUGUGAAGUUCAAGAAACGAAGCAAAUAUAUAAGUUUGAAGCAGUUAUUAUACGAUACGAUUAAGUUGGCUUUCCUCUCUUGGCCUUUGUAUUCAACCAUUUCACAGUGAUAUCGAAAACGUUGGGAUACCUACUGAUUAUGUAAAUAGGCUUAGACCAACUUGACGAGCUGCGAUUCAAGUUAAAUAAACAACGUACUUAAAUGUGUACACAUAUUAAAUACUCGACAAACAUUCGAA